AUGGCAGCUCAGGUCUUCGCAGAGACACCGUCAAGGCUGUUGAGGAGGGUACAGCUGCUGGAGGAUAUGGAAAUGCCUUCUCUUCCCAGCAUUCAUCAUGACAUGGGGUAUGAGAGCAGCCUCACUUCGAGCGACAACGACAGUCUGGUUCAUGUUCAACAACACACAGAGGCAAGUCAUGAUGUGGAGACUCCUCAUCCCCACCGACUCGCUCCUGCCCAAGCACAGAGCAAAGUUCCUUCCGAGACAUCUUCCACUUCUGCCGGCUCACCUUAUCCUCCCACACACGCCGGCGCAUUGGUUGGUACUCCCUCCUCUCGUGAUUCAUCCAAAGUCCUCACUUCUACUCCAUCCACACAACAUCAUUAUCACUCCCACUCACAAUCGACUCGCAUCCGAGGUGACGACACCAGGUCUACCGUGACGGCGAAACAUGAGCGGACAAGGAGUGGAACAACUGGCCUUGGGAAUAGUACACGGACUGGAAGAGAGAACUGGCACACUCCGCGAGAAAGCUCUAGCUUCUCUGCAGAUGAGAGUUUGAUAGAGGAUCAUGAUGCGGAAAUAGCCACCAACGGACAGUCUAGCGAUACCUCGUUUUCUUCCCAACAGUCAGAUAUGGUGAAUAUUAUUGAUACCCCGCUCACUCGACGUAUAUCCGCCAGUCACGUCGUGUUCAACAGACCACGCCGACGAGGGUUAUCUAGCCAGCAGACGGAACAUGGAAUGGAGGCUACUUCGUCUUUGCCUCCACUGGAAGAGGUUUCAAGCCCGGGGUCCUCCAUUGGCAUGGCACUCACCAUUCCCGACGAGAAAGAACGCGUCCCAAGCCUGUCAAGGAGCGAGCUGUCUGGAGCCGAUACGGACGGGGAGGCGAGGACGCCUGAGGGCCCUACGAGGGCCGUCAUCAUCGCAACCCCCCGCUCGAAUCAUGGCGGGCAACCUGACGACAACGGAGUGGACGUGGAACAUGAUCCCUUGGGCGGUUACGGUAGUCCCAAUAUUUAUCAUGACCUGGCGUCCACGGUCCUGCAAGAUGUCACGGUCUCGUUACAGAAUGUCAAGACACCAACUCCACAAACUCCCUCACCGUACGCCCAUUCUCUUCACAGCGACAUGUCGACUCCUCGAGCACCGUUGAACGACGCGGAACGGCGCAAAAGUCAUGUACUUGCAGUGCUUAGUUCCAGUCAACUACCCACGCGCACUUGGCGAGCUCCGGUACGUGGUACUCCACAUCCUCUGCGGCGAGUAUCAAUGCCUCCGUCCUCGACAUCGAUCAUGGAGGAAGGGCACGAACCGUCUGUACGACAAUCUCGGUUCACAAUUCAGCCUGGCGGUCGGUCAAACCUCAGCGUUGGAGCCACCUCGGCUCAAAACGAAUCAUUCAUAUCUAUAGCCUCGUCCGCAGAUCUCACUUCGGAUAAGCGGGGCACCACAGUCCAUCAUACUCAUUCUCGAAUCAACACUUCUUUCCCCACCAUUCUGCUUCCCACAGGUGCUCAGUCCAAUGGUCCCCUGCGAGCCGUUUCCGAUCAGCGAGCUGAUGGCAUCAAGAUCCACAAGCACCUCAAUGCUAUGAACAAGCAGCUACUCGAGACCAACUCAGAUCUCGCCCGAGAAGCUGAAGCUUGGCGGGAUGAGGCUGAGCGACUCAGGGCUGUCUUGGAGGAGGCAGGAGUGGAGUUUGAGGACAUCGACGUUAUGGCAAACAUCUCCGGAGUUCAACGUAGUCUGUCGUUCACGAACUCGUCUGUCAAGUAUGACGAAGGAGAGAGCUCGGCUCGUGUCCUAAGGAAUGGCUCAAGCGACGUCGAUGCCUUUGUGACCCACCAGCAAAACAAAGACGCAAACGAGAGAAGUGGCGCCGUGGAUGAGCUGGUCGAAAGGCUUGAAGAGCUCGAAGGGGUAAUCGACAACAAAAAUCGUAUGAUAGCCGAUCUGGAACAUGUUUUGGAAACCGCUCGAGUGUCAACCGAUGACGGUUCAAUUGCACACAGUCAAUUGCGAGAUCUUGAGCUGCAGCUGGAGGAAAGUGAAAGGUGCAAGAUGCAGAUCCAAGCCGAUUUCGCAUCUCAGACUGGGGAACAUGCUAGAAAAUUCGCGGAAAUCUGCUCUGGCUUUGAGGAACAGGUUACAGAACUCGAAAUGCGGCUGGCGUCCGCCAGGAGUGAGGCGGAUCGGGUCAAAGCCGAAAAGGAAAGGCUCCAGGCCAUGGCUGAGAAUGAAAACACCACAGACAGAGAGAAGGAGUUACGGUUGCAGGUUGCCCAGCUCGAGCGAGAAGUCUCAAAAGCAAACGAAGCUGCCGGAAAUCAUGAGGUGGAGGCGCAAAGAUACAGGGAGGAGAAGGCACGAGCGGUGGAGGAGCUCGACAGCUUGAGAUCCCAGGACCAAGAGCUCCGAGCAAAGGUCAGAAGACUUGAAGCGGAUUUGAACGACGCGGUGACUCUAUCAGACGAAGCGGUAAACGAUCUCGAAGUCGCGCAACAGGCUCAGGCCAGUGCAGAAGGUGCAUUGGCAGAAGCUCGUCUUCGCAUUGAUGCUCUCGAGUCGGAGGCGGAUCAACAUCAGGCAACGAUUAGCGAUCAAGAGACCGAACUUGAUCGUCAGCAUGAGGAACUCCAAAGUCUUCUGAAUCGCAUCGAGGAGCUCGAACAGGGACAAUCGACAGGUAUGUCGGAAAAGGAAGCUGCAGAUGUGGACCGUCUCCAAGCAAUGGUCGAGAAGUUGAAUUACUCUCUUGAGCAGCGCGACGUGGAGAUUGAGCUCUUACGAGGGCAGCUGGAAAAGGUGGACAAGUCGGUCGUACCGGUGGAUGAAGAGCAACGAAGUUACGUGGCUGCGAUUGAAGAACGACUCGACGAUGCCUAUCGCGAGAUUGGUCGUCUCAAGCACGAGCUUUCAGCCUCGCCGCAUCGAAAAUCGGCGGUUGAGAUACGAGACGCUAGGAUACGUGCUUUGGAGCAGGAGAAGGCUACUUUACAGCAGAGACUGGCGACCAGCAAGACAACGGCAUCCAUCGCGAGCUCGUCGAUGCAGAUGGCUGGAUCACCAUUCACUCGGCCUACACCAUUUGUACACAAGGCUAUCUCUUCCAUCAAAGGGCUCAAAACACCUGGCUCUAUCCAAGAGAUGUCCUGGCUACAGACCACUAUUGGAAACCCUGACGAAUCCGUGCUGCACGCCCAACUCGAACAUCUACAGACCCAGCUGAAUGAUGCAAAUGAACAGCUCGAUCAGAAUUUCAGUAGACUCGAAGAGGCUGGUAUUGGGGCGAUUGGCCUGGCCGAGGAGCUAGCUGCGGCACGGGAUCACAUUGGGCAGUUGGAGGAUGAGAUUCGCACGUUACUUCAGCGAAAUAAAGCGUCAUUGGCGUUGGUGAAUGCUCAAAGGGAGGAGAUCAGCCGAGAAAGCGACGUGAAGCUUCAAAAAGCCUUGGGGGUAGUACAUGACCAACUCGAGCAUCUCAAAGCGGACGAGACGGCUGAAAGAGGACGGCUGCACCGAGAGAAUAGCCAACUCCAAGAUCUCCUUCGAGACCUGCGGAUGAAGAGUCAGAAAGAGGCGACCUCUUUCCACUCCGAACUGCAGAUCAUCGAGGCCGCCGCUCAAGCAGAGAUCACGAAGGUCAAGAAGGCUAUGACGACGAUAGUGGGUCAGAGGGAUGAUUUACAGAAAGAGCUUCGUGCUACUUCUACCAAGGUUAUCAGACUCGAGCGAGAUCUGGCUUCACAGAGGGAAGAAUAUGAACGACUCAUCGAGCGACAAACCACAUUGGCAGGCGACACGACUCAGCUAGUUCGAGCACGGGCCACUAUCAAAUCCAUCGAGCUUUCUCUGCGUGAAACGAACGCUCGGUCUGAUAGCUUGACUGGUCAAUUGGACGAAUCACGCAGACGCUUGUCUGAUGCUCAGGAAAAGAUCAGAGAGCUCGAAAGAGAGCGAGCGACUGUCAUCCAGGAUCUGGCGGUGUUUGAGUCGGACUUGGAGAGACAACAUGUGGAGAAUGCCAAUUUUUCGGCAGCCCUACGGAUGUUCAAGGAGCAGCAAGCUACGAUGUUACUGCAGGAAUCAGACUUAGGAAAGCUCAGAGAGGAGUUGCGAGCUGCUCAGCAUAAGCUUCAGUCAAGUAUGGUACAACUUGAUGAGGCCAAGCAGAAGAUGACUGAGUUGGAAGAAUUGCGGGACAUUCAAUUGAACGCAACAUCGCGGAACGCUCUGGAAGAACAGAGAAGUCGGUUCAAGGCGCAAGCAAAAGAUUUAGCUGUACAAAUCCGAUAUUUGAAAGUCAAAUUUACUCGUGAAGCUUCGUUCCGGAAUGCGUUGGCGUUGCAGAAACGGUACCUUCUGUUAUUGGUGGGAGGCAUGAGUCUGAAUGAACAAGCUACUCUCAAGGCCAUAGCAUCAAUGGGCUUUCCCUCACCUCAGCCUCCUACCCAGAAGAGAACGUUCAAAGCUGUAGCUUUGGCUGUCAUGAGCGUUAUCCGCACCAGAAAUGCUGCUCAGCAAUGGAGAGCAGAGAGGGAGCUAAAGUCGGACGCAGUAAUGAAUCAUGAAAGAAGGAGAGUAUCCUCACGAUGA